AUGGUUGGAAAAAUAAAUAAAUUAUACGUUCUUAAAAGGGAUGGCCGAAUGGAAGAGGUGCAUAUUGAUAAAAUAACGUCGAGGAUUAAAAAAUUGUGCUAUGGGUUGAACAUGGAUUUCGUUGACCCUGUGAGUAUAACACUGAAGGUCAUAAGUGGAAUAUAUUCUGGUGUUACGACCGUUGAAUUAGAUAAUCUUGCAGCUGAGACCGCAGCUACAAUGACUACUGACCAUCCCGAUUAUGCUAUCUUAGCCGCCCGGCUUGCUAUUUCUAAUCUUCAUAAGGAAACCAAAAAACACUUUUCAGAUGUGAUGACUGAUCUAUAUAAUAUAAUUAAUCCAUACACAAAGAAGAGAUCACCAAUGAUAUCAGAUUUCCACUACGAGAUCAUUAUGAAGAACAAAGACAGACUGGACUCGGCAAUAGUUUACGACAGGGAUUUUAAAUACAACUACUUUGGGUUCAAGACCCUUGAGAGAUCUUAUCUGUUGAGAAUAAAUAAUAAGGUUGCUGAACGUCCACAACAUAUGCUGAUGCGUGUUGCUAUUGGAAUUCACGAUAAAGAUAUAGAUGCUGCUAUAAAUACAUACAAUUUGUUGUCUGAGAAAUAUUUCACACAUGCAAGCCCUACAUUGUUCUCAGCUGCGACUCCAAGGCCUCAGUUAUCAUCCUGUUUCCUUAUUGGCAUGAAAGACGAUAGUAUUGAAGGAAUCUAUGAUACAUUAAAGCAGUGUGCCCUAAUCUCAAAAUCGGCUGGUGGAAUCGGUCUUCAUAUUCAUUGUAUAAGAGCUAAAGGAACUUACAUAGCUGGGACAAAUGGUAUUUCAAAUGGACUAGUUCCCAUGUUGAGGGUGUAUAAUAACACAGCAAGGUAUGUUGAUCAAGGUGGCAAUAAACGCCCGGGAGCAUUCGCCAUCUAUGUGGAGCCGUGGCAUUCUGAUAUCUUCGAGUUUUUGGAUUUAAAGAAAAACACAGGAAAGGAAGAAGUGAGGGCCAGAGAAUUGUUUUAUGCUCUGUGGAUACCAGACCUGUUCAUGAAGAGGGUUGAGAGAAAUGAAAAUUGGAGUCUGAUGUGUCCUCACAACUGUCCAGGGCUUUAUGAUUGUUAUGGUGAAGAAUUCGAAGCGUUAUAUGAGAAAUAUGAACAAGAAAACAGAUUUGUCAGACAAGUACGCGCUCAGAUUUUAUGGAAAGCCAUCAUUGAAGCGCAAGUCGAAACUGGUACUCCAUACAUGUUAUACAAAGAUGCAUGUAACAGAAAAAGCAAUCAAAAAAAUCUUGGAACUAUCAAAUGCAGUAAUUUGUGUACAGAGAUCGUUGAAUACACAUCUGAAGACGAGGUCGCCGUGUGCAAUCUCGCCUCAAUAGCUCUUAAUAUGUUUGUGGAAAACAAAAAAUUCGAUUUCAAGAAACUAAAAGAAGUAACCAAAACUGUUACACAAAAUCUGAACAAAAUUAUUGAUGUUAACUUCUAUCCCGUACCAGAAGCGAAGAAUUCGAAUAUGAAACAUAGGCCCAUUGGUAUCGGUGUUCAGGGAUUAGCUGACGCAUUUGUUCUUAUGAGAUUACCGUAUGAGAGUGAGAAGGCGAUAUUACUUAACCAGCAAAUAUUUGAAACGAUCUAUUACGGUGCACUCGAGGCGAGUUGUGAGUUAGCAGAGAGAGAUGGUGUUUACAGCACUUACGAAGGAAGCCCUGCUAGCCAAGGAAUUCUACAGUAUGAUAUGUGGAACAAAACACCCACAGAUCUUUGGGACUGGGCUGCUCUUAAAGAAAAAAUUGCAAAACAUGGUCUUCGUAAUUCACUUCUAUUAGCACCAAUGCCCACUGCCUCCACCGCUCAAAUACUUGGAAAUAAUGAAUCGUUUGAACCUUUCACAUCAAACAUAUACCAAAGACGAGUUUUGUCUGGAGAGUUUCAAGUGGUCAACCAUCAUCUAUUAACGGAUUUGACUCAAGCGGAUCUAUGGGAUGAAGAAAUGAAAAAUCUCAUCAUACAUAACAAUGGUUCCAUUCAGAAUAUUGAAGCAAUACCGAAAGAUAUUAGAGAUCUCUAUAAAACAGUAUGGGAGAUUUCCGUCAAAACUACAAUUCAAAUGGCUGCGGACAGAGGAGCCUUUAUCGAUCAAAGUCAAUCAUUUAACAUACAUGUCGCAGAACCAAAUUAUGGAAAAUUAACAUCCAUACACUUUUACGCAUGGAAAAUGGGUCUGAAAACUGGCAUGUACUAUUUACGUACAAAACCAGCUGCUAAUGCUAUACAAUUCACCGUGGAUAAGUCGAAAGUUAAAACCGCUAAUGGUAACACACAGAAAGAUGAGGCAAACAUGUCCAUGAUUGCUUGCUCCCUAGCAAAUAAAGACGAAUGCUUGAGUUGCGGUUCUUAA